AUGCUUGUUUCAGAGGGUGGAUUCAGAGAGGAUGGAAGGAAGCAAAAAGAGUUUCGAAGAAUAGAAGUAACCAAAAGCGUAUUUGGAGAUUCUGGAAGAGUGGAUCUACGACAAGGAAAUACACAAGUAUCUGUGGAGUGUGGAAAUUCCAAGGAAGGGAAGAAGUUGAAUAUUGUGGUUGAGUUUCUGUGUGUUUCAAGACAAGAGACUGUUACUGAGAAGAAGGUGCAAGAGUACGAGAGUAUUCUUGUCGACAUAUUCAACCGUGUUGUAUUGGUUGAUUCUGGACUUGGACUUAGAGUUGUUGUAAGAGAAGAAGGUGGAUCAUUGCUUUCAGCGAUGGUUAAUUGCAUCACAUUAUUCCUGUCAUACUUUGGAUUUUCAAUGAUUGACUUAUGCUAUUCAUGUACUGCAUCUGAGGACUGUAUCGAUCUGUCUUCUACAGAAGAUGGAAUUCAGCACCUUGUUUUAACGAUUGUGUAUCUAAUAAACUCAGAAGAGGUUGUUUAUCUUGCACUGCAUGGAGCAACGUCUUUCAGCAAAUUUAAAACACACAUAAAAGAUGCAAUUGAUGCAUGUAGUUUUUUGAAUGUGCAUUUUAAAUCUGUAUUCCAUGAAUAG